AUGGACAUCUGGGAGCGGGAGCGACAGGAAGAGGUGGGACCUCAGGUUCUCCUUGACGGCUCGGGGCACGGCGUGGGUGACGGGGCAGCGCGGCCGGGCUCGGCUUGUGCCUUCACGUGUCGGCGACUUGGACGCGGUGAAGACUGUGGGAAAGUUUCCGGGAACUUGCAAGAGUCUAAUAAGCACAAAUGGGUACCACUACACUUAGAUGAUGUGAGACCAGACAGCCAGGAAAGACCUGGGUCCCGGAACAGCUCAAGAUGUCAACCUGAAGCAAAUAAGCCAGCUCACAGUAAUAGGAAAAGUGAUACACGAAGUUGGAGACGGGAUAGAGAAAAGAGAGAUGAUCAAGAUGAAGUAUCGAGUGUGAGAAGUGAGGGUGGCACCAUCCGAGGUUCUGUAAGAGGUCGUGGAAGAGGCCGGGGCCGCGGAAGAGGCCGGGGUCGAGGAAACCCUAGAUUGAACUUUGAUUAUUCCUAUGGUUAUCGAGAGCCAGGGGAAAGAACUGAUCAGCCAUUUCCCACAGAGCUUAACACCAGCAUGAUGUAUUACUACGACGAUGGCACAGGUGUGCAGGUAUAUCCUGUGGAAGAGACACUGCUUAAAGAGUACAUUAAGCGCCAGAUUGAGUAUUACUUCAGCAUAGAGAACUUGGAGCGGGACUUCUUUCUUCGCAGAAAGAUGGAUGAGCAGGGAUUCCUGCCUAUUUCUCUGAUUGCUGGUUUUCAUCGUGUGCGAGCUCUCACCACAAACCUUAAUCUCAUCUUGGAGGCACUGAAGGAUAGCACAGAAGUAGAAAUUGUGGAUGAGAAAAUGAGGAAAAAGAUAGAACCAGAAAAAUGGCCAAUCCCAGGCCCUCCUCCACGAAAUGUGCCACAAACAGACUUUUCUCAGUUGAUUGAUUGUCCGGAGUUCAUACCAGGGCAGGCCUUUGGCUCCCAUACAGAGUCUGCCACAAACUCUCCAAGAAUUGGAAGUCCACUGAGCCCAAAGAACAAUACUGAAACGAGUACUCUCCGAGUGAUGUCGAGAGGUUUGUCUGCCAGCCUGCCUAACCUGGACUCAGAACCAUGGGUAGACGUGAAAGAGAGGCAUCCUCCAUCCCCAGUCAUAUUAAAGGAAUCAAUAUCUAUACUUGAAGAGACAUCAAAUCAACUAACCUUUCCAGACCCAGAACAAGAAGAACGUGACUUUUUGUUUGAAGAGAUGGAACAUACAGAAAGAAAGAAAAUGACAGUCAAUGAUUGGUCUGAUGAUGACUCAGAUUUUGAAAUUGAUGACCAAGAUUUAAACAAGAUUUUGAUUGUGACUCAGACACCACAUUAUAUGAGAAAGCACCAUGGAGGUGAUCGAACAGGCACCCAUACAUCACAAGCAAACAUUACAUCAGAACUUGCUGAAGUGAUUAACGAUGGCUUGUAUUACUAUGAACAGGACCUGUGGACAGAAAGUGAAAAUGCAUGCACAGCCAUAAAGGUAACGAUUUCUGGUGAGCAUCUUUCUGCUGAUAAAAUGGCUUCCGCAGAGACUGAUGCAAUGCCCUCUGCAGUUCCUGCAUCUCCCAGGACUCAUCCUGCAUGGACUUCCAAAGCACAUCAAAGGCUUCGGCUGCAAGGUCCCAACAGAACACAGAGAUUUUAUCCUGUUGUCAAAGAACCAAGAGCCAUCGAUGGAAAGAUUCCACGAAAGAGGAAGAGCUGCAGCACCAGCCCCCCUCUAGAGUGUCACGGGUGGGUGAUGGAUUCCCGGAACCAUGGGCCAAGACCACCCUCUGUCAGCAGGUCCAAUGCUUCACCUGCAGAAGAUGCACCACUCCCAGGAGACUGCAGCUGCACGCCCCACUCGUUCCCAAAGUUCCAGCAUCCUUCUCAUGAACUGCUGAAGGAAAACGGCUUCACCCAGCAAAUGUACCACAAGUAUCGCCGAAGGUGUCUAAGUGAGAGAAAACGCCUAGGAAUUGGACAGUCACAGGAAAUGAACACCCUCUUUCGUUUCUGGUCCUUCUUCCUCAGAGACCACUUCAACAGGAAAAUGUACGAGGAAUUUAGACAACUUGCUUGGGAAGAUGCAAAAGAGAAUUACAGGUAUGGAUUAGAGUGUCUUUUCAGGUUUUAUAGUUAUGGACUGGAAAAGAAAUUCAGACAAGAAAUUUUUAAGGAUUUUCAAGAGGAAACCAAAAAAGACUACGAAUCUGGCCAGCUAUAUGGACUGGAAAAAUUUUGGGCCUAUUUGAAGUAUUCUCGAUCUAAGACACAGUCUGUCGACCCAAAACUUCAGGAGUACCUCUGUAGUUUUAAGAAGUUAGAAGACUUCCGUGUUGAUCCCCCCAUUAGUGAGGAAUUUGAAAGGAAAAGACAGUCAUCUGCUCCUGGGGAGGAGAGUACUCGGCGGAGACUUCCGUCGCUCGCCGCCACACCGCCACCACCUGCUGCUCUGCCUGCGUCUGCCGGUGACCUGCCAGAGAAACCUCUGGCUUCCAGGGACAACUCACCGUGA